UUCGUGGCAAGGUAUUGAAGAACAGUUUCAACAGUUUCGCGCGCUAGUGAUCAGAAACAAAGAGCACAACCAUGGCACUGAAGUACAACGAGAAAAAUUAUCCCUACAUCGAUCUCGGAUCGGGGUACCAUAUUUACAUACAAGAGGAUCGCUGUACCCACGGUGCGGAACUGGAAGCAAAGGCCCGCCAAUACAUCAAUGAAUCACCGGAAAGUUUGGCUCGGGGAUUGCAAGAACUUCGAGAAAUGAUAGCCAUGGAACCGGAUCUAAACGUGCCCGCCGAAAGCGACUGGUACUUGAAUAUUUUUCUGCGAGCCGGGCUGUACGAUACGAAGAGGGCAUUCACCAUUCUGGAAGCCAACUGCAGGCAGAAACUGAAGAAGCCGGAAUAUUUUGCGCCAAUUGCAGCCCUGAGGCACGUGUACGAAGAGGGUGUCGUGUCGAUGCUUCCCGAGCGGGACGACGACGGGGCGGUGGUGAUCGUGGUGGAAUCCGGAAAACGAUGGGAUACCUCCAAGGUGUCGGUGGAUCAGCUGAACUCGGCCGUCAGCGCCCUGGUCGGCAUUCUGACCCAGAGCGAAGAAGCCCAGCUGCACGGAGUCAAGCUGCUGUUCGACGUCGACGGGCUAGCCAUGUCCCACAUCGUCCAGUUCACGCCGAAUGCGACCGCCAUCAUGCUGAAUCUGAUCGAAAAUUGCUCCACGAUCCGGACGAUCAACACGCACACCGUCAACACCGGAAUGGUGUACAAUAUGCUGUUUUCGAUCAUCAAGCCCCUCCAGUCGAAGCGGAUGCGCGAGAUCAUGGUGAUGCACGGUCGGAAUCUGACUUCUUCGCUCGGAAAAUACAUCAACCCGAAGAUUCUGCCGGCACGGUUCGGCGGAACAUCGAAAGCACCCCCGUGCGAGGGGCGGCUGUUUGCCGAACUGAUGAUGUGCUACGACGAGUGGCUUUCCAAGACGUUUCUUCCAUACGGAUACACGCGGAAAAACAGCAUCAGCUCCUAAUCGCCCUAAGCCCCAAGGUAUCGG